AUGAGUGUCCCCAUUUGUGGACAGAACCUCAAAUACUCCGUUAUCGAUGGUCAGAAUGCUGACAUCGAAUGUCCCACCACCGAGGUCAAAGACGAGGAUGUUCUUCUCGCCACCCUUUUUAUCUAAACCGUAUGCAAUGGCAGCUGCAGUUGGCUCAUUAAUUAUUCUAGCAACAUUAAGCCCAGCAAUGACUCCAGCAUCCUUGGUAGCCUGCCUCUGAGCGUCAUUGAAGUAAGCUGUGCAAAUGCAAAGGGAAACAUUUAGUAACACAAUGAGAGGACACGUAAAAGGCAAGCCCAAGACUCUUACGACGUCCUCUUACCAGGUACGGUAACAACAGCAUCCUUGAUUUUCUUCCCGAGGAAAGCUUCUGCUGUUUCCUUCAUCUUUGUCAAGACCAUAGCACUAAUUUCCUCAGGACUGAAGACCUUGGUCUCUCCAUCCUUAGUCUGAACCUGAAUGUAAGGCUUUCCAUCCUUAUUCACUAUCUUGUAUGGAACGAGCUUCAUAUCUUUCUGAACCUCUUUGUCCUCAAACCUACAAGAUAAGACAAGUUACUCACGGAUGGCUUGCGAUUUACUCAUGCGCGUGGGUAUACUGCAAACGGAAUAGUGUACUUACUUUCUUCCAAUAAGUCUCUUCACAUCGAAUACUGUUCUUUCAGGGUUGACAGCGGCCUGGUUCUUCGCAGCCUCACCAAUUAGCCUUUCACUGUCAGUAAAGGCCACCCACGAAGGAGUGAUUCGGUUUCCUUGGUCAUUGGCGAUGAUUUCCACAUGGCCAUUCUUGUACACUCCAACACAGGAGUAGGUUGUACCAAGGUCAAUUCCAAUAACAGUUCCCAAUUUUGAGGCUUCCUCUUUUGCAAUUGAAAUAGCAAACAAGCAUCCUGCAAAAAGAUUAAAUUACGUAAAAUAUCAGGAUUAGGCAUGAUUAGUAAAGUGAUAACUGAUUAUACUGCAAAUUUGACAUUUCAGCAUUUUGAUGAAAGUGACAUGAAGAACAGAUGCCACGACCAACCUAGAAAAAUAAAGUGAAUACAACACACGCAUAGUAAAAACCCACCAAUCCAUAAAGUAGGCAACACACAAAACAUACAGCAAGUCAGCCAUAGAAAGCAUAACUGA